AUGAGCCGGUCGAGAGUCAAGAGUCGGUUCUUUAACACCAGCAUCAUCAACGGGCACAGCCCUUACCUCGGAUGUACCGGUGAAGACAAAGACAAAUUUUACGCGCAGCUGGAUCUUGAAUACGACCGCUGCCCAAAACCUGAUAUUAAGAUCGUCAUCGGGGAUUUUAACGCUCAGGUAUGCCAGGAGAAAGAAUUCAAACUGACAAUCCGAAGGUUCAGCACGCACCAGCUGACCAACGAAAACGGCCUCAGACUAAUAGAUUUCGCCACUUCAAAACGAAAGGCCAUCGAUAAUGUUUUUAUAGACACCCGGCACUUCUCGGACAUCAUCGACUGUCAAGGCGCCAACAAAGAGUCAGACCAUUAUCUGGUGAUGCUGACGAUGCGCCCUAAACUCUCCGGCCUCGGUCGAUCGUCCAUCCUGAACCCUACGAAUCGACCGGCACAGUGGACCAGCCACCAGUUGAAGACCUCUGCCAACACCAAUUUGAUCGAACACGUAUCUGAGGUGCCGCCAUCGUCUGUCAAACAAGGAAGCUGGUUCCGUUACGACGUCAGCCUUACCGACUAG